AUGGGUUCAGCCUCACACACCGAGGAUGAGACCCUGGCGGCCUCGUUCAAAUUCGGGACCAGCUUCGUGGAUGCAUCAAAACGCCAGACGCCCCUGCGCACAUUUUUAUUUGGCUACAAGUUAGCUCGCACCCUGGCACCGCUGCUGCACUCCACCUUAUUUGACGGCAUCUCCGUCCCAUGGACGUACAAGGUCCACGAAACCCAGGAUGCGUCCGAGUUUCUCCCGGCACUCAAGCAGUCUGACAUUGUCGGAUGUGCAGUGACCAUGCCCUUCAAAGUCAAGAUGAUGGGCGAAGUCGACGACGUCACCGACGAGGGGCGUGUCAUUGGGGCCAUCAACACAGUCUUCCUCCGCAAGGCGCGGGAUGAUAGCACAAGAUAUAUUGGUACAAACACAGACUGCGUCGGCGUGCGUGAAGCUUUCCAGCAGAACUAUCCAGACAUUGUUCAACGGGCGCAGGGAAAGUCUGCUAUGGUUGUCGGCGCAGGCGGCGCUUGCCGGGCAUCCAUCUACGCUCUGUCUGAAUGGCUUGGUGCCAGCACAAUAUAUCUCGUCAAUCGGCUCGAUGAUGAGAUUGAAAGUAUCAUAGAAUCUCUCAAAGAGAGUGGGUUUACUGGCCAACUGGUCCACGUCAAGUCAAUUGAGCAGGCUGCCGCCUUGGAGACGCCCGUCCUGGUUGUAGGCACUGUACCUGACUUUCCUCCCCAGUCACCAGGCGAGAUCCUUGCGCGGGAGAUUUCCAAUCAUUUUCUCAACAGGCCCGAGAAGGGUUGCAUUCUUGAAAUGUGCUAUUUCCCAAGGCCGCGGACAGAGUUCUUUGAGCUUGGUAUCAACGCUGGCUGGGCGAUGAUCUAUGGCACCGAGGCCAUGAUCUGGCAGGGCGUGGCUCAGCAGAUUCUCUGGUCAGAACUACCCAUUCAAAAUUUCAAGUUGACUGAAGCAAAAGAAGCAAUCGCAAAGGCUCUGCUAGCAUCAUAA